AUGCAAGGUUUGGCUAUUGGUCAGACUGAUGGCAACGCCAACAGCAACGCCCAAGAACAUGGGUACGUCCCACCUCAUUUGAGGAACAGAUCGAGAGGUCCAAGCCCUGCUGCUGGCAACGGUGCUCCAGCGCCAAGCCGUGGUGGUAACGGUGGCGGUUUCUUUGGCUUUAGCGACAGACGCAACGGUGGUGGUGGCGACGGCGACAGAGGCGGCUUUUUCAGCAACAACGGCAGCAGAGGCGGUGCCCGCGGUGGUGCUGGCGGUGCCGGGAGAGGCAGAUGGGUUGGUGGGAAGCAUGUUCCAGGUGCCUCCAACAAGAGAAUCGAGUUGCAACUGUUUGGUGAAGCUGACGAUCCAGCUUUCCAAUCUUCCGGUAUCAACUUUGACAGUUACGAUGACAUCCCAGUGGAGGCCACUGGUGAGAACGUUCCUGAACCCAUCACUGAGUUCACUGCUCCACCACUAGACGACUUGCUGAUGGAGAACGUGAAGUUGGCUAGGUUCACCAAGCCCACUCCUGUCCAAAAGUACUCCAUCCCAAUCAUUUCCAUCGGUAGAGAUUUGAUGGCCUGUGCCCAGACUGGUUCCGGUAAGACUGGUGGGUUUUUGUUCCCAGUCUUGUCCGAGUCCUUCAAAGUCGGUCCAAGUGUCGUUCAAGGUAACGAGGGCUACUCGUACCAAAGAAAGGCGUACCCAACAGCCGUAAUCAUGGCCCCAACGAGAGAGUUGGCCACCCAGAUUUUUGACGAGGCCAAGAAGUUCUGUUACAGAUCGUGGGUUAACCCCUGUGUCGUCUACGGUGGUGCCCCUAUCGGGAACCAGCUGAGAGAGAUGGACCGUGGUUGUGACUUGCUAGUCGCCACCCCUGGUAGACUGAGCGAUAUGAUCGAGCGUGGUAAGAUUUCUUUGUCCAACGUAAAGUACUUGGUUCUAGACGAAGCUGAUAGAAUGUUGGAUAUGGGUUUCGAAAUCCAAAUCAGACAAAUUGUCGAAGGCUGUGACAUGCCCCCAUCCUCUGAAAGACAGACUCUGAUGUUCUCUGCCACUUUCCCAGCAGACAUUCAGCAUUUGGCCCGUGAUUUCUUGAGACCAGACUAUAUCUUCUUGUCCGUUGGUAAAGUUGGUUCGACCUCUGAAAACAUUACCCAAAGAGUCAUGUACGUCGAAUCCAUGGACAAGAAGUCCGCUCUAUUGGACUUGUUGGCCUCCUCUGAACCUGGUCUAACUUUGAUCUUUGUUGAAACGAAGAGAAUGGCCGACCAGUUGACCGAUUUCUUGAUCAUGCAAAACUUGAGAGCCACUGCUAUUCACGGUGACAGAACUCAAAGUGAAAGAGAACGUGCGCUAGCCGCUUUCAAAUCCGGUCGUGCCAACAUCCUGGUCGCUACUGCUGUCGCUGCCAGAGGUUUGGAUAUCCCUAACGUUACCCACGUUAUCAACUAUGAUCUACCAGGUGACAUUGAUGACUACGUCCACAGAAUCGGUAGAACUGGUCGUGCCGGUAACACCGGUUUGGCUACCGCCUUCUUCAACAGGGACAACGGUAACAUUGUCAAGGGCUUGAUCGAGGUUUUGUCCGAAGCUAACCAAGAUGUCCCACAAUUUUUGAACGACGCCUCCAGAGACUCUGGGAGAAGCGGCUCGAACAGAAGCAGAGGUGGCUUCAGCCGGAACAACAGCAACAGAGAUUUCAGAUCCCAAAGAGGUGGCUCAUCUUGGGGCGGCUCCAGAGGUGGCUCUGGAUCCUCCUGGGGUGGUUCUGAAAGAUCCAGUGGUGGCUGGGGUAACUCCUCCGGUGGUAACAGUUCCGGCUGGUGGUGA